CCAUAUAAGGUGCUCAGUGUGCGACGAGCCAGGCGAGGAGGAGGACGUGAUGGCGUGCGACGCGCUGCUGCCUGGCCUGGGAGGCUUCGAGUACGUGCUGACGGUGGUGGGGCUGCUGUAUGUGGCCAAGGUGGUGGCCUGCCUCCUGUGGGCCGGUGCCGCCGCCCUCCGGGCACACUUCUGGUCCAGGUUGUGGGACAAGAAGCUGGUGGAGACCUACGGCAAGUGGGCAGUUGUGACUGGCUGUUCAGAUGGAAUUGGAAAAGAAUAUGCAAAAGAACUGGCCAAGAGAGGCAUGAACAUUGUCCUAAUCUCACGCACACUAGACAAGCUGCAAAAAGUGUCUACCGAAAUUGUGCAAGAAUAUGGAGUUGAAACUGAAGUUGUGCAAGUGGACUUCCUUGAUGGUCGAAACAUAUAUGAGGAUAUAGCAAAGCAUCUUCAGGAUAAAGAAAUUGGCAUCUUGGUGAAUAAUGUUGGAGUCAUGUUACACCAUCCAAUGGAGUUUGAACUUGCAUCCGAAAAGGAUAUUUGGAGCCAUGUCAACGUGAAUGUGGCAUCGGUACCAGCCAUGACGAAGCUUGUCCUCCCUGGGAUGCUGUUGAGAGGCAAGGGAGCAAUAAUCAAUGUAGCUUCCAUUGCUGGGCUGUACCCCAUCCCCCUCAUGGGAAUAUAUGCAGCUACUAAGACUUUUGUGGAUUUCUUCUCCCAUUCUUUAGAAUGGGAAUAUCGUGGGUCAGGCAUCACUGUUCAGACCAUCUUGCCCUCGUAUGUCUCGACCAACAUGACCAAAUUUUUAGACAACAUCCACAAACCCAGUCUGUUUGUCCCAGAUGCACCGACCUUCGUUUCUAAUGCCAUAAACACACUAGGUUAUGCUCGCCGUACUAGCGGAUACUGGGCUCAUGGCAUCCUAGUGUAUAUGGCAGAGAACUUUGGUAACAAGUGGAUAUUUAUGUUUUCCAACUAUAUGUGGAAUUCAUUUCUGCUACGGAAUAUGAAAAAGAAUCAAGCCCGCAACCGAUGAGGCUCCAGGUUCAGAGGCUAACCACUGCGAGGCUCGGCUAUUUCCUCCAUUGGCAGAACAUGCGUUUAGUAAUCUAGGGACUCGGCAACUCAUAGGUAUAGUGAUCUUUUGAAGGCUGUUAUUAAGGACAUUCAAAAAGAUUUAUUUUAUAAAUAUUGCCGACUGAUUGCCUAAUGCAUCAAGGUUAUCCACUAUAGUUUUUGGUAAAUAAAAAGGAAAUAUAUAAAUUUCAUAAAAUUAAUUAUUGUAUGAAGAGAUUUUAAAGCUUUCAUUGAAAGUUUCCUUGAUUAAAGUAAUUUUUCUGAUGUAGCUAUGUAAGGAUUUAUGGCUUAAUAAUUCUAUUCUCAUUGAUUUGAUGAUUGCAUCAGCAAGAUUCAACAAGGUGGAAGUGUGCUAAACAAGAGUUCAAGAUAGAAAGUACCAAUUUGCUUUGUUCAGAAAUCCAGCUCAACUGCCUCACUGCUGUCUUAAGUCAUUCACGGAGAUUCCUGUGAUUCACAAUCAUUUGCUUCAGGUAGGAAUAUUAUAAAUGUGUAGGAGCUGAAGUUUGGAGAACAUAGGUAUGAAAAAAAAACAUUCAAAUUGGAAAUAGUAAACACUUAACUGUUUGGUCUCCUCAGAUGUUAAGAAACAAUGGAUUAUUAAUUCCUUUGCUUCACAGGUGGACAUUGAAGAUUCGUGUAAAUUUUAGAUCAUUGCAUUACCUGUGUUUGGUCGUACUCACUCAAUUUGAAUUAAAUGGGUUGACUAAUUUUUAUGGAGUGUAGAUUACUGGUGGUACUGUUGUUCACAAAAUAUAGAUUGUACAGUAAACUAGCUGCUAUUUGCAGCAACAGUCAAAUGGCUCUUAGGCCCCCAAUCUUAAACUUAGAUCUUGGUUUUCUUCACAUUUUUCUACCUUCGUCUUCCAACGUAUCUAUCGACAGAAUUUUAAUGAACUACAAAUACAAAAUGUGAGGUUUAAUGUUCAUUACAUUAAUGUUUAUCAGUGACAAUAAAACAUUAAAGAUGACAAUUACAGCUUGUGAUACUGUGAUGAUGGGUAUUAAGCAUUGACUUUUGUUAACAUCGAUUUAUUCAAAGUUGUGAAAAAUGUUCAUGUCUGUAAGAUCAGUAUCCUUGAUGUAUGCCCUGAUGUUUUGUCAUUUAGAAUGCUAAUUCUCUGACAAAUACCUGUCUUGUGCCAUUGAAAAGUGCUUUGAUGCUAAAUAUACAAAUAUAUUUUAUAUGAAGUUUAUAUAUAAGAAAUACUAAAGAUUCAUUAAAUUUUAUGUAUUUUGUAUAAUUUAAAUUUAUUUAACAAAAAAAUUUACAUUUAUUUUGUAUUUAUACAUGCACAAAACUUAGUUUUUAGCGGUGUAAAAUUUCCUGUAAAAAUCAGGAAGCAUCUUCGGUAUGGUAUUUUAUUGCUGAUAUUGUCAUUGGUUCACCAUGCUAGUGAACGGAGUUAUUCUAAACUUCAGCUCUGGGGAUUAACUGUAUAAUUACUAGUUUAGCCAUUGUUAUCCUUUUCAAUAUCUUGCGACUUUGAAGGUGCUUAGCCUUCCCAGUUUGGUGCCUUCUUUUGAUACUUGCCAUUGUACAUUAUAAUGCUUAAAUGAUGGGUUGACAGUGUACUUUCUGUAUUGUCAAUGAGUAGCCUUAAACUCCUUAACACUAACGCGUGCGGAGCGUGCACUCUGCACUCUGAUGCCAUGCUCCCGGCGGUGCAGGCGAGCAUGUGGCGACACCAAAAUAUGUACUAGUUUGUUUUCUCGCCUUAAUUCUCAUAAUACAUCAUUCAUUUUGAUAUCAAUAUGUUCGCAAUUGAAAUCCCUACAGGGGUGUAUGCAUACAAGGUCCAAGAGCUCGGCGUGACUCCCCACAGCAAAGCCUAAAUUUGGCCAACCGUUACCCGUGAACGAGCGCCAAUUGGCACGCCGCAACCUAAUGUGUGUACUCGUUAAAUUUGAUAACAUCAAUUUUCGUGUUACGUCUUUCAUUUUGGUAUCAAAUUGUUCGCAAUAUAAAGGCUUGUAUUUUAAAACUAGUCCCAUAAUAGAACAAUAAAUGGAAUUUUAAAAAUUUUAAAAUUUGGACUACAAAAGUAUUUAUAAUUAAGUGUUCUGACCUCAAUUGUCAGGCUACAUCGUCAUUAUUGUAUCGAAUUGUGCGCAAUCUAAAGGCGCUCAUUUUGAAACCACUGCCAGAUCGAUCGGAUAAAAUUAAAAUUUUUAACAAAUAUUUUAAAAUGGACGCAAGCAAGAGUCCAUCACUUUGACUCAGAAAUAUUAUGGACUUGUUAAGAGUCGGGGGAGAGCGAUAGUGUUGUUAUAUUACUACUCACGUUUAUGUAAUGGUUCAUGGAAAGUUUUUAAGAUUUGGACAGAGCCUUAGCCUGUUUACUUCAGUUUUUGAACUUCAUUAUUUCUGUCCCUGUAAUAUUUUUAAUGAGAUUUGAUAAGUACACCUGUUGUCAUGGGCAUGUGUUGCAAGUUCAUUCCUUAGUUCUGUUGGUCAGGAUUGAAGGAAACCCUGAGAGAAUGUUGUGACCUUGCAUAUUCAUCAUAUAGUUAGUGGUGUACAGUUUGGAGAAGCAUGGUAUUGAAGGUGGUGAUUUAUUUGCUGGAAAUAAGGCACUUGUGUGUCCCACAAUAUUGAAAUAUUUUGUGAUCGUUGGCAUUUUCUUCUGCCUCACUAUAGUUGAAUGUCACACGUGAUUUUUUUUCUCCUGUAUAUUCAUACAUUCCAAUGUUGCUGUGAAUUUGUUUCGUCCAGAAGAUUUUGCUACACAUUCCAUUACUUGGAAGAUUUCUUAAGUUACCAAUGUUGCACUAAUUUCAUUCCUUGGGUGAGACGUUAUUUGGUUUAGCACUAUUAACUGUACCAUUUAGUAUAGCUUUGAGAAAUUUUGAGUUUAGCGUCAUGUUUGGCAGUUUGCAUAUAUCAAUGUCUCGGGAAUUUGUACACUAUUGCACGUUAUACAACAACGCUCACAAAUUCUGUUAGCAACUGUUGUAUAAUUACUGUUCACCCAUUCCAGCUCUUGCUUGUCAUUUUAACAUCUAUAAAGUUUUGUAACUUUGCAGACCAAGUGUUUUUAAGCUUAGCAUUAUUUAAGGCCCUUCUUGCUUUGUCAGUGCUAGAGAGGUUUUUUGUUUCCAUGACAACUUGAUAUUAUUGCAACUUUCAAAGUAAUCAUGACAAUGUGUGCAAUUUUGCAUUGUUUUCUUCCAGUUAAGUGUUCAUUGUAUUUUAAGACUGGAAAGAGUUUCCAUGGUGUGUGAACUUCAUGUUGAUACAAGGUUGUUACCCAUGUAACUUUAAGGUAAGAGUUUAAAAGAAGUUAUAUUGUUGGUAUUUUUUCCUAAUGUUUCUAUUUUUGUAUUUGGUUUUGUGAAUUUUCUUGCUUAUUUAACGGUAAUGGUAUUACAGGAUUACUGUUUUUUUAAGUCUACAAAUAUAUAUAUAUAUAUAUAUAUUUAGGCAUGUUAGUAAAGCAUUAUAUUCCAUUUGUGUUUUUUUACGUUUGAGCACCUCUUACCAUUAACUUGAAUUGUUGUGUGCCUGUAUUAGCAUAAAUACUUGGAAACUUUGAAUCUUGAUAUGUAGUUCUAUAUAGCCAUAUUGGCUUUGUGCUUUCUGUUGAUAAUGCAUAAACAGUAAAGUGAAUGACUGCA